AUUGUUGUGAUAAACUUAUUAAAUAGUUAUGAAAUGAGAGACUGAAUCAUGGAAAAGACAGCACGACUUCCCCCGCUACCGGUGGAAAAAAGAAAUGGACCUGCCAAUCAUCCAGAUGCAAUACUUAUUAGUGACACAAAUCCAGAUAUCCAAAGGAGAUCCACCAAAGACAAUGCCAACAUUUCCGCCAGAAAAAUCUUCCACCAGCCCACAUCCUUCGAGAGCUGGCCUGCCUAUUCUACCGGACCGACCUUUGGCCAGAUGACACUGGUGAAGAAACACUGUGGUGAUGGGCACUCGGAAUUGGUCAACCCUUGGGAGAAAAAAGUGAUUCCGAAGCCGAAGUUCCUCGAACAACUCGAGGGUUUCCUGCAUAAUGAACUGAGAGCACUGGAUUGUCCCGAGAAAGGUCCAAGUGAAUUAAGAUUACAAGUGUUUCGCGAGGUGUUCGAGUACCUCAUCUCUGACUUCAAGACUUACCGACCGAUUCUGUCGAUGGUUAAGAACGAGUAUGAGCUAGUGAUCAGUGAUCUGCACCAGAAGAUAAGGGAGUUGGAACCUCUGAAGCAGAUGCUAGUCACUGUUUCAGAGAGGUGUGACCAUAAAAUCAUGCAGAUACAAGAGCAGGAGAGACAAGAUCUUGUGGACUUGCGCAAGGAGAAUAUAAGAUUACUGCAGAAAAUCGAUUCUAUGAAGGAAAAAGAGAAAGAUUACCAGGCGCAGAUCGACAAGAUCUCGGAAGAGCUGUCACGAGAGUAUGAGAGAUACAAGAACGAGUGUGAUCAAAGACGGAUGUUGGUGCAGGACCUAAAUGAGAUGCGAUAUCUCCGAGAACAGGAGCAGAGUGUUUCUGGGGCCGGGGGAAGUGUGGCGGGAGAUGGGGAGGCGGGAAACGAGACCCAGGAGAAGGAGCCAGAACAGCAGGAUGACCCAAUCAUUCUCAAAAUAGCCCUCAGGAAAUGUCGAGAAGCAAAUGAACAGCUGACGGCCAAGUUGAAUGAAACACUUGCCGACUAUGCCAAUGUGGUCCCAAGAAGACACUACGAACAGCUAGAGACGGACUUCGAAAAUUACAAGAGUAAGAUGAAGGCGAAGGAGGAGGAGAAUGAGAAGUUCACGACUGAGUUGGAAGCGCUGAACAAAGUGUAUGCGCAAGUCGUGCAGCAGAGAGACAGCUACUACACUGAAUUGGAGACCCUCAAAAGGUCAUCCACUCCGAGACCGAGAUGGGACAAGUGUGGAGACUACAUAUCGGGUGGUGCGAAGCGGUGGAAGGAGAUAUCUUCGGAGAAGCGCAGUGACAAUCUGGUGGACAUUCUGUUGUCGGAGAUAUCGGGCGCAGACAUCAGUUCAUUCACGCACCAAGACUACUUCCAAGGACUGGGAACGGAUGAGUCUGUGCCGGUGUAUCUGCGAUUUGAUGGGCAGAUCAAGAACCUCAAGUUAGACAGGAUGAAAACGACCAAACUAAUUAAGGAAUUCUGGAAAAUGAAGAUAGCAGAAGACUCAAAGGUUUCUCUGGGAACUCACCAAUUGAUGUCGACUUACCUGGAGAAGUUCCUGAAGGAAAAGUACGGAGAGGGAAGCAUGGAGUUCGCGUACAAUCUCAAUGACGCGUGUCAGAGGUUCUCUUUCGACUCAAGGAUCAAGCAGUUUUACGACAUUCUUCUGGGCCGAACGGAUGAGGAAAGUUAUCACAAGUUAGCACGUAUGAGUGCACUGGUUCAGCGGGAACUGGAAAAGGUAGCAGAUGGCAACACUUUCGUGACAGUCGAACAGUUGAAGGCAGCUCUGGCCAAACACAUGAGCAAGAAGGGAGAUUUCCACGUGAACCAGUUGGUUGAGUCGGCUCUCAAGAGCAGCGAGGCGACAGAGCCGAACCAGAUCACAUUUUUCAACCUCUUUCAAGACUCAGAUGAGGGCAAACAGAGCGAGUGGCUGGAACUGUUAUUCACGCAGGACGCGAAGGAGAGGACAGAGAUGGUGGAGCAGAUAGAGGCCAUUCUCUCCGAAAAGACAGGCAGGGCCAUGGAAAUAACGGGAAAAGAGUUGCGGGAAGCAGUCUUGGCAACCGACGACAAGUUUGGAAAUGAUGUACUCGAGUACUGUGUGUGUUGGGCUUUCGAUGUCCUCAAGUCAGAAAACGCCACGUACCCGAAACCUACCAAAGAAGUUAUCCAGAAACUGCAAUCAUCCGCCCUUCCUCUUUUGUAGACUUUAAUUGAUCAAAAAAGGCAACAUACUAAAAUGCAUUUGAGGCGAAUGUGCUGCAGUUGAAGUCGAUUCACAUGAUAUUUGUUUAGCUUAAAUUUCGACACGUUUAUCAACAUUGCUUUGUUGCCCGAUCAUAAAUCUAUCGAAAAAAUUGUAUUGUAAAAAUAUGUAAUUGAUUAUUCAAUCAUAAAACUGUAAAAUAAUGUAUAUAGCUGUAAAAAAACUUGUAAAAAUUAUGUAAUGACCUGGCAUAUAAAUCUCUUCAAA